AUGACUGCAGUUUCUGAACGUGUUUCUUUUGAAGAAGAUUCUUCAAUGCCGACCCUUACUUCUCAGUCAAGCAAUUGUCAAGCCAUUUUGAAUCCAUAUAAGUAUCCUAAAUAUCUUCAGAUUAUGGUGGAAUGUAUGAAAUGUUCUUUUCUAAAUAAAGCUUUGUCAACGGCUAAAGAGGUUCCAAGGAGAAUCGUCACUCUAGCAUUCACUACAGCAAUUGUCGACAAAGUGAACGAUACAGUUUCUUUUGAACUUCAAGGUGGGAAUCGAAAAACAAUUUCUAAGACAGAUUUUGCAAAACUUUUAUGUCUUCCAACUGAAGGACCCAUCAAACAUUCAAAAAGGGCAACUGAACUUUCUGCACAUAGAUUUUGGGCCUUAAUAGUUUCUCAGGCUUAUGAAUUUCACAAAAUUCCAAUUGAUGAGUCUGAAGUUCCGAAGAUGCUGAUUCAUCAAAUUAGUAUUCCAACCAAAGCUGAUCAAUCUCAUUUCUCUUUUGUUGGUCAAAUUCCUGAAGAAAUGUUGAGUUUGAUUAAAUGUCCAAGUAGGAUUUUGGAUCAAUAUAGGGCUUCUCUUAUUAUUCCUUACCCUGUUCGACCAACACCUCAAGAAGAUGUUCAGAUUACAAGAGUUACAAGAAUGACUGCGCAGAAAAGAAAAACUCCAUUUGUUAAAGUUGAAGCUAUAAGAAAGUCAAAGCGAGUGAAGAAACCAAAGAUUGUUGAAGAAUCUGUUGACGAAGAAGAGGAUGAGCAACAACAUGAGGGUGGUUUGAAUUUUGAAGAAGAUAUUCCUAUAACCACAACCCAAACAGUUGUCAAAACUUCUUCAGUGGAGACAAUUCCGAUAUCCGCUUCUACAACUCCAGUCGAAACUACAUUGGUUGAGACAGUUCCCAUUUCAGAACCUGUUUUUGAAACUCAUAUUUCCAAACCAAUGUCUAUCUCUGAACCUCUAACCAUUUUUGAAGAAGAAGAAGAAGCGGUUGACGGAUUUGUGCUUAAGGCCGGGGAAGAUCCUUCUUUUGAUGAUGUUGUCGAUGAUUUUGAAAUGGCUGCACUUGGUGAAGGUUUAGUUGAUUCUGAUGAAGAGGAUGACGAAGAUGAUAAUCAGUCGAUGUCUAAAAGAGAUUUUAAGAAGUUGAAUCGUAAGCUUAAUGUUGUAUUACGAUCUCUUGAUUCCAAUACUCAAUCUGCCCAACAUUCGAAUCAAGAAAAAAUGCUUGCUGAUUGGUCAGUCAUGCUUUCUGAUCAAAACAAAAAGAUUAAUUCAUUAACGAGUGGUUUUGAUCUUUUUAAAGCCCACGUAAAUAUUGAAAUCAAUUCCCAAAUGACGAAGGUACAAGAAGUUAUGUUUAAUGAGUGCAAAAAUCUUCUUGAUGAAAUCUCGAAGAUGAGAGAAGAGAAUGAGAAGUCUUUAAACAAGGUAUUUGGUGAUCUCAAAAGUGAACAUGAAAAUUCUCUCAAAAGUCUAAAUGAAUCUCUUACGGAAGCGAAACAGAGAGAAAUUACUUUACAAAAUGAGUUGACGAAAGCGUUAGCCCACAUUGAGUUUCUUCGCUCUUACACAAGUGUUGUUAAUCCGAUGAUAUCUUUGUCACCUUUGAAACAAGGGGGUGAAGGAGAAAGUCAGGAAUUGAAUCUCAAGAUUCAAGACAUCAUUCUUAUGUCAUCCAAAGGUUCUGAACCAACUUCAAAAGGAAAAGAAAAGACGGAAGUGCUAAGUAAGGAAGAAUUGAGACAGAGAAAAACUGAGGAAAGAAACCGUUCCGAAUUGAAUUUUGAUGCGGAGUACGUUAAAGGAGUUGCUGAAGAAGAAAAAAUGGAAGCUGAGAAUAGGGUAAAAUUGAUAAGAAGUCUGGGAUUUUCUGAAAAUACUGUGUUUGACCUUGUUCCGAAAGAAAGCUACUCAGUCAUCAAUUCUUUGGAAAAGCAAUUUGAUUUUCCUAUAUCUCCAAGGGCAUAUGGCUAUCCUAUAAUGGGUCCAAAGACUAAUGAAAAUAUUGGUGAUUUGUCAUAUAACGAAAGACUUGUUCGUUUCUAUGCUCUUGUUGGGAAACCUUCAAAAUAUUCCUGGAGUCCAAAGAUGAUCAGAAGCGUUGAGUCUGUCAUGAAGACUGAAACUUUUGAAAAUGUGUUUCAGAAUUUCAAGUUUGUUGUUCGGAGAGACAUUAUGGAUGAUAUUACUUUCACGAUUGCUGAUUUCCCAAAUCUGAAUCCACAUGAUUUAGUUAUUUUGCUGAAGCUUUCAAAAGAAUGGGGUUUGAAGCCAAAUUCUGUUGUGAUGCAGUCUAUCAAGGCUUUUCUCCGUUACUAUUACAGAGAUAUAGCUCGAACUGAUAUAGUCUUGGCUGGAGCUAUAAAUCAGAAAGUAAAGUUACCAAAUAAAGAUGCCGAAGGAAUUAAUAAUAUUGGUGGUGGAGAAAUGGUUACAGAACCAACAUGGGGUUCAACUUAUUCAGUUAGGGUAGCAGGUGGUAGAUCAAGGAAAGUAUUCUUCAGGAUGAAUGAGAAAGAGAGAUUCCCUAAUAAUGUGUUGGAGGGAAUGAUUCAAAGGAUUAUGUUGAAUUCUAAGAAUUCCGAACCUGAGAGAAAGAAAGCAGUGGAUAUGCUAAGGUGGUGGUUGAAGGUCAGAGAAGUUUUGUUGGAAUUGGUUCCUGUUUUAUUCCCAGAAUUGAAGAAAGAUUGAUAUUCAAAGUUACUGGCCACAAAGGCGGAGUUUGUUUAGUGUCGAAGUAGUUGUUGCAGUCAUAACAGAUCCCAAAUACUCAGUUUGGAUUUUUGUCGCUUGAAAGUUCCAGUGGAAGAAGUUAGCUGCCCAAUCGACAUUGACAAUAGCCCAUCUUGUUUCAGAAUUGUGUAACAUUGAAUGUUUCUGAUAAAAGUUUGAUAUUGUUCUUCAAGCUACUUGAACCAUCAGUUGUACUUGUACUGUAUAUACUAUGACUUUGAAAAAUGUGUUUCUUUAUCUGUUGAACUUAUGUGGAAUUUUUGGAAAUAUUACGCACUGAC